AUGACGCAGAAAAAGACUCUGGAACAAUUUAUCAAGGAAUGUCGUGCAGUACACGGCAACAAAUACGAUUACUCUAUUACGAAAUAUACUAACUGGGAGAGUAAGAUAGAAUAUAUCUGUUCACUUCACGGUGUUCAAAGCCAACCAGCUCAGCAUCAUCGAAAGGGACGUGGUUGCAAUAAAUGUGGCAGAGAAAGAACCAAAAAGGCUUUUGCCUAUACUACAGAGCUAUUUAUCGAAGCUUGUAAUAAGAAACACAACAACAGGUACAAUUAUCCCAAUACUGUCUAUAUCGAUUACAACAGCGAAGUGAAGAUUGAGUGCGAGCUGCAUGGCGAGUUUAUCCAAAUGGCUAGUUAUCACUUGAGAGGAAGCGGGUGUCAAAAAUGCGGCUUCUUUAAUAAGGCACCUGGUCCAUUGGUUAAACCAACUAACGGUGAGGAAUUCAUAAGUCUUUCCAUUGAAGUACAUGGAAGCCAAUACGAUUACUCGCAGGUUGAAUUUACAAAAUACUAUUCAAGCGUCACGAUCGUUUGCUUAAUUCACGGAUCCUACAAAUGCGUUCCAACCUCACACCUGAAAGGCAUCGGAUGUGCAACGUGCCAGAGUUUUGAUGCCUUCGUCAAGAAGGCAUCAUCCAUGCACAAAGGUAAGUUCGAAUAUGAUAAAUCUACUUACAUAAGGAGUAAGUCGAAGAUGCGUAUAGUUUGCCGGGAUCAUGGAGAAUUUUGGGAAGCCCCUGGUGAGCACACUCGCCGUCGCGGUCAGGGGGGGGUACCACUGUUUUGCAUGCUUCCUCGAGAGCAAGCGAAUUUCAGUCCAGGAGGUCAUUAA